AUGCCAACCACCACCGCAUCAACUCCGACCUCUUCAAGCCACCGCAGCGACGGUGAAUUCGACCAGCAGUGGGAAUUUGGCUUCAAUUCGGAUCGUGGAGGAGCGUCGGUGAGCGACAGUGAUGCUGACAGCGAUGCUGGCUAUCUCUCUCCUGUUUAUGGGGAUCGAGAACCCUGUUUCAGCAGUGAUGGCGACAGCGAUGAUGAAGACUCGCCGACUGGGACUCCCCCGCGAGAUAUUGAAGUUGACGAUGACUCGGUCUCCAGCGGUGGCUCAAGCGUGUCCCCUCAAGGGGAUGUGACCAGGCUGCCCGGCGGACUUGUUCUCGGUUCUUCCCGCUAUGACAUGGACGACAGCGAAGCCAGCAGCAGUUUGGACGACUCUGACGCAUACGACCCUGAAAUGGAGACUGUUAGCAGUGAGGACGAAGGCGACGAGCGCGCAGUUCAACCUUCUGCGUCAGGGCGUCAAGGGCAUGCGGGAAUCGACCUCGUCGCGACAGCGCAUCGCACCGUCAUCCAACUCAACGGCCAUCAGUACACGAAAGCCCGAGAGUCCUCGCGCAAGAUUUCCUUCCGGUGCAGCUUUUACCGACGUACUCCGGGGUGCAAAGGGAAAGUCGACUACAGUUUUGCGCGAGAUGUGUUCUACAAUUUUACACCACACACUUGUGAAGGGACGGGCCAAGCUCCAAGCCAAUACGUUGACGUCACCGAGGAAAUGAAGGCCGAGGUUGAUCGAUUGUCGAUUCUGCACCUUUCACACACGGCGCAAUAG